GGCGAGAGGCCCGGCGCUAGAGGGCGGGGCGCUGGGAAGAGGCGCGACGACCGGAUAAAACUCUCCCAGCCGGCCGGCCUGCGUCGGAACGCGGCUGGCGGCGGAAAGUUGGAUAUUUAAAGCUGCCUGUGCAAGGAGGGCCACUCGGGCGCGACGUGAAGUGACAGCGGAGAGAGAUGGGGCGGGCCGGGCCGUGACCAAAGUUUCCUCAAAAAUUGAGGGCGCCACCGAUCUCCGUCGCCUGUUCGCCCAGCAGUACUUUUUCGUCUCCUGCGGACCUCCACGCCUGCAGAGCUACAGCCGGCUCCGAGAAAACCGAGUGGGAGGAAACGCUCCCUGACGCUUUCUCCGCGAUGGUGCGAACCGUCGGCUCUCAGUACCGUCCUGUGCUCCUGACCUGGCUUCUGCUGCUCGUUUGUACCUGGGCUGCGCGCUGCGUCUGGGCUCGCGGCGAUGCUCCCUCUCUUUGCUACACCUUCACCAUCACUCCUAAUAGAAAACCAUGGUAUGAGAUUCAAGGCCAGUUCAAUGGAAACACGUUUCUCAAGUAUACCUCCAGUAGCAAUAUAGCCGAACCCAUUGGUCCUCUGGAGGUGAAGGUGAAUGCCACCGAGGCCUGGAAGGAUCAGACAGUAACUCUGAAAGACCUGAUGGAAGAGCUCAAAAAGAAACUGCUUGACAGUAAACCAGAGAUGAAUAUACCCAGAGAUUCUCGCUCCCUGCAGGGCAGGAUCCUGUGUCAGCAGGAAGCCAGUGGAACCACCAGGGGAUCCUUGGAGUUGUAUUCUGAUGGACAGAGAUUCCUCCGCUUUGACUCAGAGAACAAAAAGUGUGCAGUGGAUCAUUCUGGAGAUGAAUGGAUGAAACAGGACUGGGAGAAUGACAUGGAUUUGAACAUGCUUUUCACCAUAAUCCCCGGACACUGCAAGAUGUGGCAUGAUAAAUUUUUGGAGCACUGGAAGAAAGAGCUGUCCACAACAGCCCCACCAACCACGGUCUCAACCAGAACCCAAUCCAAGGCUACGACCACCGCGCGCAACAUCUGGAUUCCAAUUGUCGUCCUCUGUUUCUUGUUCACAGUUGGCAUCCUGUGUUAUGCCAUUUACAGGUACUGA